GUAUCAAUAAAUACAAAAGAGAAGUGUGUCAUCCCAUGCGUUCAAAACCGCAGAGACCAGCUGCUGUCACGUUGGAACACGGUCUUCAUGUGACUACAAAAUUAUCAUUAGUUCAUUACACGUUCAAUCAAUGCAUUCAACAGUUUCUACCUUCAUACGCUCCAGUCAAAUUUUUCAUUCAAUCACAUCCUCAUCUGAUUAAUAGCUUCAACCACAAUAAAUCACAUCAGUUAGCAUCCUCUUAGGCCACACCCAUUCCACUUUUUUAAUAAACCACCAAUAAUUUAACUUUGAUUCAUCAUUUCAACAUGGAUAAGAAUGCCAAAUUAUAUAAAAUCAUCUUUAAUUAAAGAUUAAUCUGCUAGACUCAUUAUUGAGGCUCAGAAAAGAUCAUCUUAGUGUGACAGGUAGCAUAUAAAGGUUACCAACUCAGAAAAUGGAAAAAACAAAACCCCACAAGCCAAAACAAUCUUCCAUGUUGUGAGUGAGAUACAACAACAACGAAAACAGCAAAAGAUUUUAUUUUUCUUUUCACUUUCUUCGACUCCUCAAAUGGGCAUGAUGAGAAAACGUUACUCUCAUUCUCACCCUUUUCCUUUUCCUUUUCUCUUCACUGUUUUCUGCUUCCUCCUUCUUCAUCCCAUGACAGAUGCAGAUAACACAAACUUCGUUUACAAGGGUUGUGCAGUUCAGAAGCUGCACGACUCAUCAUCACAGAACCUCAAAACCCUCUUGGUUUCUCUGGUGGCACAGGCUGAACAAAAGGCCUUCUUCACCACAACCUCAGGGGAAGGCCAGAACGUGAUCAUGGGUCUCUACCAAUGCAGAGGGGACCUCUCAAACACUGCAUGCUACGACUGCGUGAGCAAGAUUUCCGACAUGCUUGAAAACUUGUGUGGCAAGGUGGUGGCUGCGAGAGUUCAGCUUAUCGGGUGCUACCUGAGGUACGAGGUUGUCGGGUUCAAGCAGGUUCCUGAAACUCAAUUGCUUUACAAGGUUUGUGGCUCCAAGAUGGAGGGUUACGAUGAUGGAUUUGAGGAGAGGAGGGACUCUGCGUUUGGUAUGGUGGAAAGUGGUGUGAAGAAUGGUGGGAAAUUGUUUUACACUGGAAGCUAUCAGUCUCUCUAUGUGUUGGGGCAGUGUGAGGGUGAUUUGGCCAAAGAUGAUUGUGGGGAUUGUGUGAAGAGUGCUGAGGAUCAAGCCAAAGCUGAAUGUGGUGACUCAGUUUCUGCACAGGUUUAUCUGCACAAGUGUUUUAUCAGCUACAGUUUUUACCCCAAGGGAGGGUCCAAGUCCAACAUGUCAUCUUUUCCAGGGUCACUGGGGAACCAGGACACGCUGAGGACUAUUGCUCUUGCAGUGGGAGCGUUUGCAGCUUUGGGUUUCUUAAUUGCUUGUUUGUUAUUUCUCAAGUCAGUGUUGAAGAAAAAAGAUGAUAAGUAUUGAGAAUUGGACUAUAUAUAUCAUGAAUCCAUUGGUGGUUAAUACAUAGUUUAUAUUAUAAUAUCUUAGGUGAAUGAAUAUACUUGAAGACUCUGUAUAUAGGAUCAAAGGUUUAAAAUUAAGAAAUAACUAUCAUAAUUUAUUGUUGGUAUUCCAUAAUUGAUAUAUAUGCUUUUGAGAUGGAUGAAUUUGAUUUGUGGCAUGAAAGGAUAAAGAAAAAUGUGGGACAUAUGUUCAUUAGGUGGUGUGUGAUAGAUCUGUGUCCCUACAUGGUAACACGUUUGCAAACAAACGUUCUACAUCUAGCAGAUUAUGUAGAAUAAUGUAUACGUUUUUUUUAUUCUCUGUGACUUGAAAA